AAAUCAUCCAUUCAGUAACAGUUACUUGUACUCAGCUCGACGUGGUGGGUCAACAUAGCGUCUGUUUAUAUCCUGUACGUUUUUGUUGAGUGAAACAAGAUGGCGACUGAUUGCGUGUCGAAGAUCGAGCUCUCCAUCUCGUGCAGCAACCUUCUAGACAAGGAUGUUGGUUCGAAGUCUGAUCCGCUUUGUGUGCUUCUGCAGAGCAUUGGUGAUGACAAGUGGGCAGAGCUGGACCGUACAGAGCGUGUGAAUAACUGCCAGGACCCCUCCUUCAGCACGCGCCUGCGUGUGGACUACUACUUUGAGAAGGUCCAGAAGUUGAAGCUAGGCGUCUACGACAUCGAUAACAAGUCUGUGGACCUGACCGAUGACGACUUCCUGGGAGGGCUUGAGUGCACUCUGGGACAGAUUGUCUCCAGUAAGAAGCUCACCAGACCAUUACAGCUGAAGAAGGGCAAGCCUGCUGGCAAAGGAACCAUCACUAUCACAGCGGAGGAGAUUAAAGACAACAGAUCCAUAGUUCUAGAGGCGGCAGCUAAAAACCUGGAUAAGAAGGAUCUUUUCGGGAAAUCUGACCCAUUUCUGGAGUUCUUCAAGCAGGGAGACGAUGGCCAGUGGCAGCUGGUACAUAGAACAGAGGUGGUGAAGAACAACCUGAACCCAUCCUGGAAGACCUUCACCGUGCCCCUGCAAACCUUCUGCAGCUGUGACUUGGAGAAGAGCAUUAAGGUUCACUGCUCUGACUAUGAUAACGAUGGCUCUCAUGACCUCAUUGGUGUUUUCCAAACUAGUGUUGCACAGCUGCAGAAAGCUGCCCAUGGUUCACCGGUGGAGUUUGACUGUAUCCACCCUGAGAAACAAAAGAAGAAGAAGAGUUAUAAGAACUCUGGAGUGGUCAUUAUUAAGUCCUGCCAGCUGGCAGCUCAGUACUCGUUCCUGGACUAUGUGAUGGGAGGUUGCCAGAUCAACUUCACGGUGGGAAUAGACUUCACGGGGUCCAACGGAGACCCUCGUUCCCCCAGCUCUCUGCAUUACCUGAGCCCCGACGGGCAGAACCAGUACCUGCUGGCCACCUGGUCUGUGGGUCAGGUGGUGCAGGACUACGAUUCUGAUAAACUCUUCCCGGCUUUUGGCUUCGGAGCCAAGGUUCCUCCAGACUGGCAGGUCUCCCAUGAGUUUGCACUGAACUUCAACCCCAGUAACCCCUACUGCCAAGGUGUCCAGGGCAUCAUAGAGGCUUACCGUUUAGCUCUACCCCAAGUCAAACUGCACGGACCCACCAAUUUCUCUCCCAUCAUCAACCAUGUCGCCCGUCUCGCUGUUGGGGGAACACAACAGAACAACGCAUCUCAAUACUUUGUACUGCUGAUCCUGACUGAUGGAGAGAUCACAGACCUGGACCAGACCCGGGACGCCAUUGUAGCCGCGUCCCGCCUCCCCAUGUCAAUCAUCAUCAUCGGAGUGGGCGAGGCCGACUUCAAGGCCAUGGAGAUGCUGGAUGGAGACGAUGGCGUCCUCAAGUCCCUGAGCGGGGAGCCAGUGGCCAGAGACAUUGUCCAGUUUGUCCCCUUCAGGCAGUUCACCAAUGCACCUAAAGAGGCUCUGGCCCAGAGUGUUCUGGCUGAGGUACCCAAUCAGCUGGUGUCUUAUUUCAAGAUGAGGAAGCUUGACCCUAUCAACCUUCCUGGUGCUAAAGCAUAGACCCGCCUCCGGGCCAUGGAUCUACCUCUGGAGCCACAUCUCUUUGCCACUGCAUCUCCUUACCACAGGGGGCGCCAGAGGUCUAUGCUGUCACUUGAUCAGACUGUAGAACCACUUUCUGGAAUCAUCCAUGGUUGACUAUAUAGAGGUUUAGACAACACUCAAUGUGGAAGUUUAGCAACAGAACCUACUAGUAGCUAAAUCUCUCCCCGAAAAACAAAGUCACACAAUUAAUUGCAUAAAGUCCUUGCGUCCAGUGAAAUUCUACAUAAUGAUGACCAAGAAAGUACACGUAAAUACUUUUAGGAGCCAAUGUUUGGCUUUCUUUCCAAUCUUGUUUCAGUUACCACAAACUUGUCCCACAUCCAUAGUGAAUGUAGUUUUACAAAAGGCUCAUGGGUAAUCAAUUGACUUUGUCCAAACCUUGAUAUAUUCAACCUUGGAAUCAUCUCCAACUGUGAUCUAACAGUGCCUUGAAGACCACUGUUCUACCAUGUAAUCCCCCUCUUAAGUAUUCCUCUCCUGUCUAGAUAUUCAUUUAUAGUGUGUGUCUAUCAUGCUAGCAACGAGGAGACAGGUCUUCUGACAAACGUUAUUAAUCUUUUUAUAUGAGUUUUAUCUAGAAUGUUACCAUACGCACCCUAUGUGUCACGUGUUCCACACUUUUCUCCCUCAGAACCUAAUGAGCUUGGGCCUAGCACCCUCCUAGCUAGCUGUUAAUAUUACUAGCUAAACUGUCUGCUGCCUAAUGCUUUAGCUGCAAACCAACUUCUAUGCAAACUAAAAAGCCUUAAAUGCUGCAUGAUAGUUGCUGAUUUUAUACUAUAAUCACUUUGCACUUCCUGUCUGAUGCUGGACACGUGUUGUGACUCAACAAGGCACGGCAAAUGUAUUUAUUGGAAUACAUGCUGCGAUAGAAUAUGCAUGUGCUGCAAUGGGAAAAGAGUUCAAUACCUUUUUCAAUUCAAAACAUUAGGAAUUUAUUAAAAACUAUUCAAUUAAAAGAAAAUAGAUAGAUGGAUUGAAAUGCCAUAGGAUUUCUGAUAUUCUGUACCAAAGACCAAAAAUAUAUACAGUAUAUGCCUUAGAGUAGUUCUGAAGUUGCCAUAGAAUCAUGGGGCAUUAGAGAAUGUUUUAACAAUUAAGUUGUUGCUAGUUAAUAAUCAUAAUAUUCAAUUGUUUUACUUUUUACCUAAAGAAGAGUUUAGAAGUGUCAAAUGUAUGUUUGGUUUUAACCCGUAUAUUUUUGUAAAGUGCCAACAUUGAUUUGGGUCCAGAGUGUGUGUUUAGUCUACCAAUGCUGUGUUACUUUCAUGGUAGCAACUAGGUUUACAAACAAGUAGUAGUACCCAAGACUGACCCCGAGCUUGACGUUCUCCCACCACACCUGGACAGGACACAUGGCUGGGACACAAUUGCUUGGGAACUGUUUACUCUGUAAAGGGAAUUUUAUUUCUUAUUGAAUAUGGGAACUAUCAUAUCUCGUUAUGUCAUUUCUCCACUGCAUUGGGUGUUUGUUAUUGUAUCUUUAAAAAACAAGCUUGCAUGUGUGUACAUAAAAAAACACAUGUUGCUGUUGAUAACAAAUGAUGUUUGUGCCACGGUCUUGGGUGUGGUCAGUUCUAUCAUUGUUAAAACAAUUGUAACAAUUCCAUAAUACAGUUUGUUCAUUAUUCCAGAUGCUUUCAUAUAUUUUUAUUAACAUUUUAUUUCAUGAAUUAUAUAUAUAGCUGAAUAAUGAAUUGUUGCUCUGGCCAGGACCAUAUCAGGUUUGUUAUGCAUCUUAUGAGACUUGAUAUAUUAUGUCACUUUAAGGAACAUGUUAAAUAUUAUGAAUCAUAAUAUUAAAAAAUUAUGAAAUGCCAAUCACCAGAUAUAUUUUAAGACUGCUUUGUGGCUUGCUUAUUUGAUUCAUUAAAUCAAAAUAAAUUCCCUUAAUGAAAAACCA